GCCGCCGCUUCGGCCUCCCUCCGAGCCGCCCAACCCCGUCGCCUCGCGCGCCCCUAGUCCCUCCAGCCAGAUGAUGAACUUCCUGCGGCGCCGGCUGUCGGACAGCAGCUUCAUCGCCAACCUGCCCAAUGGCUACAUGACCGACCUGCAGCGGCCCGAGCCCCAGCAGCCGCCGCCGCCCCCCGGCCCGGGCGCGGCCUCAGCCUCGUCGGCGCCCCCGGCCGCGUCGCCGGGCCCCGAGCGCAGGCCACCUCCCGCCCAGGCGCCCACGCCGCAGCCCGCGCCGCAGCCCGCUCCGGCGCCGUCGGUGGGCAGCAGCUUCUUCAGCUCGCUGUCCCAAGCCGUGAAGCAGACGGCCGCCUCGGCGGGCCUGGUGGACGCGCCCACGCCGGCGCCCGCCGCCGCCAGGAAGGCCAAGGUGCUGCUGGUGGUGGACGAGCCGCACACCGACUGGGCUAAGUGCUUUCGGGGCAAGAAAGUCCUUGGCGAUUAUGAAAUCAAAGUGGAACAGGCGGAAUUUUCAGAGCUCAACCUGGUGGCUCAUGCUGAUGGAACCUAUGCCGUGGAUAUGCAGGUGCUCCGAAAUGGCACCAAAGUUGUCCGGUCCUUCCGGCCGGACUUUGUGCUCAUCCGGCAGCACGCAUUUGGCAUGGCAGAGAAUGAGGAUUUCCGCCACCUGAUCAUUGGCAUGCAGUACGCAGGCCUCCCCUGCAUCAAUUCACUGGAAUCCAUUUACAACUUCUGUGACAAGCCAUGGGUGUUUGCCCAACUGGUGGCCAUCUAUAAGACACUGGGAGGAGAAAAAUUCCCACUGAUUGAGCAGACAUAUUACCCCAACCACAAAGAGAUGCUGACGCUGCCCACCUUCCCUGUGGUGGUUAAGAUCGGCCACGCUCACUCGGGCAUGGGCAAGGUCAAGGUGGAGAACCACUAUGACUUCCAGGACAUCGCCAGCGUGGUCGCCCUCACCCAGACCUACGCGACGGCAGAACCUUUCAUUGAUGCCAAGUAUGACAUCCGGGUCCAGAAGAUCGGCAACAACUACAAGGCUUACAUGAGGACAUCAAUCUCAGGGAACUGGAAGACAAAUACUGGCUCUGCGAUGCUGGAGCAGAUCGCCAUGGCAGACAGGUACAAGCUGUGGGUAGAUACCUGCUCCGAGAUGUUUGGUGGCCUGGACAUCUGUGCUGUCAAAGCUGUACACGGCAAAGAUGGGAAAGACUACAUAUUUGAGGUCAUGGAUUGUAGUAUGCCUCUGAUUGGAGAACACCAGGUGGAGGACAGACAACUCAUCACUGAACUUGUCAUCAGUAAGAUGAACCAGCUGUUGUCCAGGACUCCUGUGUUGUCUCCCCAGAGGCCCUUAACUACCCAGCAGCCACAGAGUGGAACGCUUAAGGAUCCGGACUCGAGCAAGACCCCACCUCAGCGGCCACCCCCCCAAGGGGGCCCAGGGCAACCCCAAGGAAUGCAGUCCCCAGGCAAGGUCCUGCCUCCACGCCGGCUCCCCCCUGGACCAUCACAGCUACCUUCCUCCUCCUCCUCCUCCUCUUCCUCCUUCUCGGCUCCCCAGCGGCCGGGCGGCCCCACCACCACCCACGAAGAUGCACCCUCCAGCAGCAGCUCGCUGGCAGAGGCCCAGCCACCCCCGGCUGCUCCACCACAGAAGCCCCAGCCUCACCCACAGCUCAACAAGUCGCAGUCCCUGACAAAUGCCUUCAGCUUCUCUGAGUCCUCCUUCUUCCGGUCUUCGACCAGUGAGGAUGAAGCCAAAGCAGAGACCAUCCGGAGCUUGAGGAAGUCCUUUGCCAGCCUUUUUUCAGAUUAGCCCUUCAGAAACGGGCGCGCCCAGCCCAACCAGGAAAGGCAUCUAAGACAUUCAACAACAGUCAGCACCGUGGGUGGUGGUGUCUUGUGACCUUGACGUGUGUGUAGCCCCUUCCUCUUCUCCGUUGUGCUCAGUGAUGUUGUGCAGCCCAGAAAAGACCAUGUGACAGUCUUAGGGCAGGUGCCUGCCCAGAGAGGGGCACCUGGACUCAAAAGAGGAGAGAUCUGCUUCCCUGUAGUCACAAGAACUUCAGAAGUCAUCGUUCGCUGUGAGCUUAGUGGCCUUAUUGUGACAAUGCCAUCACGUCUUAUCCUUCCCUGUGAAGCCAGGAUUGCUUUAACUGAGGAGUCCUGGCAGCUUCGCCCAGUCAGAUGCAGUGCUUGGCAUGCCCCGCACCCUGUAGUCAGUGCUACCUAUGUGGGAAGUAUUUACUCACCCAGAAGUACUCUUGGCUCUAAGUUGUCAGAACUUGCCCAAACCUGGACCCCUUUGUCACACCUGUUGAACUGUUUUAAAGUGCUCCUCCCAACCCACGAAACCCCUAGACUGCUGUGAUAGUGAAGCACCUCAUGUUCGCUGAUGGUUGAGAAUAGGGGGUCUUCAGUUUCCCCUUUCUCCCCUCUGGAGAGUGGUUUUUCACAUGUGAGCUGCAGUGACCUCACACUCGCAAGCCGCACCAUGGAGGAGAAUGCAUGCCACCGAAACAGCAGUGUGCCACAUUCUGUAUUUCUUUCCUAAUAAAUGUUAAGACCUUUGGUGUAAUAAAACCAGCAGCAUUAACCAGCAUUU